UUGCGCCAUUCAUCUGGUAUCUUACCCUGGUCCAGGGAAAGCUGAAACAUCUGGGUAAGAUAAGGAGCUAGUGAUUCUGCUGCCUGUUUAAGGAUAUUAGCUGGAACUUCAUUGGGGCCUGUCACUUUGAAUGGUCGGAGUCCCUUUAAGAGUUUGUAGACGCCUCUUUCAUGAAUGAUGAUAUUGUCCAUGAUUGGAUGUGAACUAGUACCUAGGUCAGGAACUUUGUAUAUAAGAAGAAGAAGUCAGUUAUUAAGGGAGUGUGCCAAGUCAGGAAAAGACCCCUCAGUCAGGAAAGAUCACCUUCAUAUUAGGGCUCAGUUACUGAAUGCUAGAUAUGGUAGUCCAGCUUUCUCAGAUGGAGGAAGUAUAAGAAGUCGGUCUAUAAGUUUAAGAAGUGGAGGAAGGAGUGGCUUAGAUUUACCAAAUUUUGACAAGCUUAAUCUAAGUGAUAGUAAGAAACAUCGUAGGAACUUGAGCAGUGGAUCACUGAAGCAUAUCUUUGAAGGACCAAUGAAACGUGUGUUUGACAGUAUAGAAGUUGUUCCCACAGAUGAAGCUGAAGCAAGCAGGGCAAUGGCAGGAGGGAAGACCGUCUCAGAGAAUUAUGCCUUUGCAGGAAUGCAUCAUAUAUUUGAUCAACACACAGCAGCAGUUACUAAUGUAAAAUUUGGACAUGAUGAUAAAACCAGAUUGGCCUGUGCCUCAUUGGAUGGUACUCUGUCAAUAUGUCAGGUUAUACCAGAUCCAGCCACUGUAAUCUGUAUGUUGAGAGGUCAUGCUGCUGGGGUUACAGAUUUUGUGUUUUCCCUUUCCAAUGAUGUAAUUCUCUCAGUAUCACUAGAUGCCACAGCCAGAGUAUGGGAUAUAGCCGCAGGGAAGUGUAUGAGGGUGAUAGAGGACAGUAUGGCAGCAGAACUCAUGUCAUGUGUCUUCCAUCCGUUAAAUAAUAACAUGUUUGUUACAGGGAAUAGUAAAUGCUUUGUUCAAGUUUUAAACAUAUCAACCGGCAAAGGAUACAAGGGAGGAUCCAGUAAAGUGACUGGUAAAGUUCUAGCUCUAGCCUUUGAUAGUACAGGACAUAUAUUAUGGACAGGAGAUGACAAAGGCUCAAUUCACUCCUUUACCAUUGAUGUGAACAGUGGAAAACUGAUAAAAGCAAGAAGAAUAACAGUAUGUGAAGGAUUACCAGUGACAUGUAUAUCAGCCAGGUCAUGGAUUAGUCGUGAAGCAAGAGAUCCUUCAUUACUAGUUAAUUGUUGUGUUAAUGCACUCUGUUUAUUCAAAAUAAUAAGUGAAGAUGGAGCAUUGCAAUUAAAGAAAAGAUUUCCAGUCAAACAGAAGAGAUCUUCUAUAAGGAGCACAUUUUGUCCCUUAAUGUCAUUCCGACAAGGGGCGUGUGUUAUUUCUGGCAGUGAAGACAUGUGUGUGUAUUUCUUUGAUGUGUGUAAGGAAAGUAAACCUUGUGUAAACAAACUGUUAGGACACUCAGCUCCCGUCCUUGAUGUGUGUUUUAACUGUGAUGAAAGUUUACUAGCAUCAUGUGAUGAACAAGGCAUGGUGAUUAUAUGGAAAAGAGAGGGAAAACAAAUAGGUUAAUAGGCAAGAAGGAAAAAAAAUGGGUUUAUGAACCAGAGGGGAAAAUGAUCUCAAAGUCCACUAAUCUACCUAAAGGGAAUGCAGAGUGGUGGUAAAAAAAAGAAUUGCAUUACAAGAAAUAACACAUAGCCUGAACUCUAACUGUGUAUUAGCAAGAUAGUUUUACUUUGUAGACUGCUGUAUAAAUCCUUGUGAUGAUAAUGUGAUUUUACAGGCUAAAAAAAAACUCCAAAUAACUCCAAUACUUAUCUAGUUGCCAUACAAUAAAGACAAAUUUUGCUAUUAAACAUUUUUACUUGUAAAAUCAAAUAAGAAAAGCACUUCGCCUGUGAUUCCCAUGUGAUUUUAUUACUAGAAAUCCUAAAAAAAAAAUAACCAAAACGAUUAUAAAAAGCAUUUAAUAUGAAAGCAAUGUCAAAGAAAAUUCUAUAAUGUUGAUAAAAGUUUAGUGUUGCACACAGUGCCGUAAUCCAAUUAUGUGUCCUGAAUAUGCAAGGAAUAUUUACCACUGAACGUUGAGCAGCAACUAAACAACACGACCAAAUCAUUUUGCAGGUUGCUAAAGAAAAUUAUGUUUGAAAUAAAAGUGGUUGCUAAAGAAAAUUAUGUUUGAAACAGAAGUAUCAUCUUAUUCUGGAAAAAUGCCUGCUAUUUUCAUUUUUAGGAUUACUUUUAGAAUGUUUACUUAUUUUUUACAGAUUCCUAUUUAAAAUAAUGCUUUUGUGUCUCUGUUUGUAAACAAGGAGUUUGUUGAAGAGAAAUCUCUUGUUUAUUAAAUAUAAUUUUUUUUAUAUUUAGCUCACCUGGCCUAAAAGUCAAUGGUAACUUUUGACAUUACUUGGCAUCUGUCUUGGUUUUCCAUAUGUCUGUUGUCAUAUAACGAUAUUAAUGAUAUUAAAAAAAAGUCUUCUUAUCUGAAACUACUUGGCCAAAUGAUACCAAACUUUACCUGAAUGUUCCUUGGGGUAGCUAGUUUAUAAAUUGUAUCCCGGGGUUUGAUCCAUCAACAAACAUGGCAGCUGCUGCUUAAAAUAGAACAUAGGGGUAAAAUGCAAUUUUGGAUUAUAUCUUAAACAGUUGGAGCAAAUCUCGCAAGGGUUAAAACGGUUAACAUUUCACGGUAUAUCUUUUGCCUAAUAUUCAGAAAAAUCAGACAACCCAUUUGGGAGUUGUUGCCCCUGAAAUGUAAAUUUUUAGUAUAUUUCAAAGUUCUUGGUUUAACAGUAGGAGUAAAUCUGACUGCAUUGAACUGAUCAGCUGUUAAAGGUCUAUCUCCAAAAGAAUUUUUGAAAAAAAAUUGGGCAACCCCGUUUUGGUCAUUGCACUUGAAAUGCAAAUUUUAUGCAAAUUUUUACGGUCUUUGAUAAUUAUCUUGAAACCUGUAACAGAUAGAGAGAAAUUUUAAAUAAUAAUCAACAGAACAAUAAGAUUUACAAAUAAGUCAAAUGGCAAAAAUUGUCAAAUGGAGUUAUUGCACUUGAAAGACUAAUUUUUAUCACUGUCUGAUUUUUUUUUUGCAGAGACUAUUAAAGAUCAUGUAGAUAGAGAGAAAUUGUGAAUAGCAAAGGUGUUCAGCAAAACAAUAUUAUCAAAUAAGUCUAUAUGGCGGAAAUUGUCAACUGACUCCUAUUUAGUAGUAAAUGCCCCUGAAUUACACAAUUUAUGAUUUUUUGGGGCAGAAACAAAGAUACCGUAGAUAGAAAGCAAAGAAAUUAGCAAAAAUGUUCAGCAAAAUAAGAUCUACAUAUGAGUCAACAUAAUUGAAAUUAUGAAAUGACCCUGAGAUGAGUUAUUGUCCUUGAAAGAUGAUUUUGUUUUAUAUUUUUUCAGUUUUUGCACAAACUAGAACAGAUAGAGAGAAACAGCAGGAUAAACAAAAAUGUUCAGCACUAUAAGAUCUACAAAUCAGUGAUCAUGGUCGAAACUGUCAACUGACUCCUUAUAGAAGUUAUUUCCCCUGAAUGAUGAUUUUUAUCUAUUUUCUUGCAUUUUAGUCAAAACCUAAAGGAGUUGGAAAGAGACUUUUAGCACAAACAGCAAAAUGAGAUCUAAAAGCAAGUCAACAUAGACUGUCACUUUAGGUAUAGGAUUUAUUGCCAUCAAAUGACGUUUUUUAUCUCACUAACUUUGAUAGGUAGGUACAAACUGUAAACACUAAAAAUGAUCAUCAACACAAGACCUACAAAAAGGUCACUAAACAAGAUCUACAAGUAAGCAAACAUAACUCUUUGCAAUAUAGAUAAAUAAUAUAUAUUUACUAGGUGAGCGAUUCAAGCUCUUGGGAGCCUCUUAUUGUUUUAUAAAGUAUUAUAAGGAUUUUUAUAUUCAUACAAUAUAUGUGUGGGAUAGUGCAAUAUAAAUAUAUUGUAAAGUUUCUAUUGAUAACAUUCCAAUUAUAUUGAUUAUGUUUACUUUGUUGAAGGCAAAUAAAACUAAUUGUUAUAUUUUG